UUAAAAAUAAAUUACUCGGCAAACGGAUUUAAGAUGUUAACGAAAAUCUUGACUUCUCAAUCAUUUAUGUUGGUAACGCUGAAGUUUACCCGCUCAAAUUCCAACCUCAACUUCUGUCAAAAAAAAAUAGUGGUUAUAUUUCAAACUUUGUUUCUUCGUUUUUUAAGAAAUUUAUAUAAAAUUAUUCUUGUAAGAUGAGUUCUAAUCGAAAACCAAGUCGAUACGCCCAUUCUGCUGGUCAUACCGACGUGUGUUAUUCAGAAGAUGGCCUGAAAUUAAUCACUUGUGGUACCGAUGGUGAUAUUCGUAUGUGGGCCAGUAUAGAUGAUUAUGAUCCUUUUCAAACUUGUGUUGGAGAAUGGUCUUUAUGUGUUCGACAAAAAAACGAAUCUAUUUUAAUCUCCACCGAUAGUAAUAGUGUACAAUUACUUAAUUACCCCGGAGGAGAUCGUGAUGCUAUUUUAACUAAAUGUAGCGCACCAAUUACUCAUAUGGCUAUAGGAAAACAACACAAUUUUGUAGCUAUUGCUUCUGAAGAUACAAACAUAAAACUAAUAGAUUUAGCCAACCCUAAAGAACUUCCAAGAAGUUAUUUAGGCGUAAACGGGCCUCCAUUAAGUGUAGCACUCUGCCCAGAAGCAAAAAUAUUAGCUGCAAGUGCUGGUGAUGGCUUUCUGAGAUUUUGGGAUGUUGAAAGUUGUUCAACUUUAAAACAAUUACAAUGUGAUUCUAAAACAAACAGUUUUGUUAAUGCCACUUUAUUAUGUCGAAUGGAUUUCGAGCCAACAUCCGGAAAACACGUUGCUUAUCCUCAAAAGAAUACCGUGAUUAUUUUAAACACAACGGAUUGGUCAAAUGUGUGCACUCUCACAACGGAUACAACUGAUUCUAACUUUUCAAUUGUACAAUAUUCACCUUGCGGUAAAUUUAUAGCCGCUGCAGCUAUUAAAGGAGAAAUUAUAGUUUGGGCAGUUGAAUCGCAAGAAAUCGUUGAAUUUUCUCAACAUUCAAGUUCUAAGGCUGUUUGUGCUUUAGCUUGGAACCCAUUAGGAAAUGGAGAAAUUGCUUUUUGCGACGUUGAAGGUGAAUUAGGUGUUGUUAUUGAUUGUACAGCCAAUACAACUCUUAAAGCAGACAAUAAAAGUGAUGUUGGCAAUGAUGUUGAUUUUGGAGAUAUUCAAUUUGAUGAUGAUGAUGAAGAUAAUGAGAAUGCAGUGUCUUUGGAGAAGAUAAAAAAUAAUACUAUGGGCUGUUUUAAUGAUGACGAAGUAGAUAAAGCUAGUUCUAUUGGAACCCGACGAUCUCGACCAGCCACUCCAGAAAACCCAAUGCAAGCAACUUUUAUGCCUUCAUCAACUCCUGAACACUUGGAUCCACGUUAUCUUUGCUGGAAUGAAGUCGGAAUUGUUCGUUGUUACGGAAGUGUCAACGAAGAGGAUGGAAAUAAAUCCAUAGAGGCCGAAUUUCAUGAUUCAACGUUUCAUAGCAGCAUGAUGGUACAAAAUUUUAAUGGGUACACAAUGAGUUCUCUUAGUACUUCAGUUUUUACAUUGGCUAAUUCAGAGCAAAUACAAGUUAUUCCAUUAUUAUCAGGCACGAAAGAUUGGAUUUUAGCGGUUGAAGAAAAUAUAAGUAUAAUUUGCAUAGCAGCUUCAAGUAAAUUGGUUUGCUUUGCAAGUUCAAAUUAUUUGGUUCAUGUUUGUACAACUUAUGGUACUCAAAAGGGGGUGUUUUCAAUACCUGGACCUGUCGUUUGCAUGUCGGCUCAUGAUUCGUCGUUGUUGAUUGCUUAUCAUAGUUCAAAACCACGAGGCGAUGAUCAAUGUUUAAAAUUAAUGUUGGUUAAAUUUGAAGGAUUAUCAUUACAUAAAACAGAUUUAGAAAAUACUUUGGGACCUGAAUGUACACUUAAUUGGAUGGGAUUUACCGAUAUGGGUUCACCCGCUCUUUUAGAUUCCAACGAAACACUUUUUAUUUAUUUAACACGUUCAAACAUUUGGGUACCAAUCUGUGAUACAAAUCAACACACUGCAGCUGCCGCUGACGGAUUUUUCGUUACGACAGUCUCAGAAUCACUAGCUACCGUUAUUGGGAUUAGAUGCAAAGGAAGUAAAUAUCCUAAUUUCGUCCCAAGACCAACGCUCUCCGAAUUACCCCUUCAGCCGACUUUUGUUGAAAUUACGAGUGAAAAAGCUCAAUUAGGUGCGAAUUUGUUUAUGUGGAGUAACUUACAGGUUGAAGAUACGGAGAAGAAAUGUAAAGAAGCAGCUUUAAAAUCAUUUGCUUUAGCUUGUAAAAAUUCUUUGGAUCAAAGAGCUUUCGAACUUAUUGAGUUGGUUCAAAAUAAACAAGUCACCAAUUUGGCUGUGAAAUACGCGACUAAAUUGGAAAGAAAACGGCUUUUGGAGAAGUUGAUUGAGUUGCAGGCUAAGUUAGAAUCUGAAACUGGAGAUGAAAUAACUGAAUUGUCGCAAAUUGAACAAAGGGCUGUUGUAAAACCUAAUAGAAAAUUACUUAUGAAUCUUUCUGAUAGAAGUACACCUAAAAAUAAGUUAAGGAAACAUUUGAAUAUGGAAAAUAUUGAGAAUACUUCUAACAAUUUAAAUGCACAAAGUUUACCAUCAACCCCAACUUUAUUAGUUGAUAAUUCUUUUGAUACUAAUACAACAAUGGGUACAACACAAGAUAUUGAAGAAACAAAAAAUCCGUUUGCAAAGAACUUGAAAAAAGCGACCCCAACAACAUCAAACCCAUUGAGUUUAACCGAUAAAUUUGCUGGAUACAAAUUGGAUUUAAAAGAGAAUGGGGCAAAACGUAAACAACCUGAAACAAAUAUAGAAGCAACGAAUCCAAAAGAAAAACAACGAAAAUUAGCACAAUUUAGUUUUACAAAGAAGACUUGAAGAUUAGUUAAGUUUUUUUUAUUAUUAGAAUAAGCUUUUUCAGUCUACAUUUUUUAUUUAAUUGUAUUA